AUGGUCGUCAAAAGUCUCAAUGCCAAGAACCACCUCUCUCAUCUUGCCGAGGUUUUUGCAAUAUUGAAGAAGCACAAGCUACGGCUUAACGCCGACAAAUGCGCCUUCGGAGUUAGUUCCGGAAAGUUCCUCGGCUAUCUGGUUGCUCGGCGUGGUAUCGAAGCAGAUUCGAACCAGAUUUCAGCUAUUCAGCAAUUAAAACCACCAUCCACUCCUUGGGAAUUUCAGAAGCUAACAGGGAUGGCUGCGGCUCUCAACAGGUUUAUUAGCCGCUCAUCAGAUAAAAUGCUAUCCCCUCUUCUCGUCAAACCAGUAGCUUUUGAAACUCUCCAUCUCUAUUUAGCUGUCUCUCCACAUGCCGUAAGCUUGGCACUUGUCCGACGGGAAGGCCUUGAAGACCAACCAAUCUAUUUUACUAGCCGAACCUUACUCCCAGCACAGACUAGAUAUCUGCCACUGGAGAAGCUUCUUCUAGCAUUGGUUACAGCAGCUCGGAAAUUGCUCCCUUAUUUUCAAGAGCACCCCAUCAUAGUCCUCACGGAGUUUCCACUUAAAAAUCUCUUAAGGAAGGCCGACCUAUCAAGCAGAGUAUCUCAGUGGGCGGUCGAAUUAGCAAAUUUUGAUAUCCACUUUGAGCCUCGAACUGCAAUCAAGGGCCAAGUAUUGGCAGAUUUCAUUGCUGAAUUCACCCCAGGAAGCCCGGACGAAGAAACAUUGGUCAAGCCUAAUUAUGGGAUGCUAGAACAACAAGAGGCUCGGAAAGCUUGGAACUUAUUCAGCGGAGACGUUUGGAAGUUACAUGUUGACGGGGCAUCAAAUAGCAACGGCGCGGGUGCAGGGGUUGUCCUUGUAAACCCUUGUGGUGUCCUUCAUGAAAGUGCUAUCAUAACCAACUUCCAAGCCACAAAUAACGAAGCCGAAUAUGAAGCUUUGCUUGCUGGUCUCCGAGCCGCGACAAAUUUACAAGUUGAAGACUUACAAGUUUUUUGUGACUCUCAGCUGAUCGUCAAUCAAGUAACAGGUGAUUAUGAAGCUCGGGACCCAAGAAUGAUAAAGUAUCAGGCUACGGCUCUUGAGCUAAUCCGAGGGUUCAAGGGAUUCCAAAUCGAACAGAUCAACAGAGAGAACAACGCUCAUGCCGACGCUCUUGCAAGUUUGGCCUCGGCAAGCAAAGCAUCAGAAUACAGACACAUCAGCCUCGGCGAGAUCCACCAGCCAAGCUUCAAGGUCUCGGAAGAAGUGUUCAGCAUUUCCCUCGGCCAUAGUUGGAUGGACGAAAUCGUCUCGUUCCUCAAAGAUGAUACGCUACCCUCCGACAAAAAGGAGGCCCACCGUGUAUGCAGCAAAGCAGCCUACUAUUGGAUCUCUGAGCACAGCCAACUCUACAGGAAAAGCUUCACUGGGCCAUAUCUUCGAGUUGUUCACCCAGCCGAGGUCCCAAUUAUUUUGACCGAACUCCACUCUGGAAGCUGCGGUUGUCACUCUGGCGGGCGUUCCCUCUGUCAAAGAGCUCUCAGUCAAGGAUACUUCUGGAAAGGAAUGAAGAAGGAUUCCGAGCCAUUAGUCACAACGACUGAAGCAGACGUUAGGCGAUUCAUGUGGAAGAACAUCGUCACGAGGUUCGGCGUGCCUUAUGCAAUUAUUUCGGAUAAUGGCUCCCAAUUCAUUGGCAAAGAGUUAACUGGACUCUGUGCUGAAUUCGGAAUUAGAUUCUUCAAUUCAACCCCAUCCUACCCCCGGGGCAACGGCCAGGCCGAAGCCACAAACAAGACUAUCUGCGCUGGCAUCAAACGUCGGCUAGACUCUAAACGAGGAAAAUGGGCCGAAGAACUGCCUAGGGUCCUUUGGGCCUAUCGCUCCACUCCCAGAUGCUCCACUGGCCAAACUCCCUUUGCAAUGGCCUUCGGAAUGGAGGCUGUCAUUCCACUUGAAUCCAGGUUCCCAACCCUCCGCACUGAAACUUUCGAUCCAGAAACCAAUAAUGAUGCAGUCGCUACCGAGCUUAUUUUGGCCGAAGAAAAGCGAGACGAUGCCCAGCUCAAAUUGGCUAACUAUCAGCAGGAAGUCGCUCGGGGAUACAAUCGAAGCAUAAGGCUUAAAAAGUUCCGAACCGACGACUGGGUCUGGCGAAAGGCUGUCCGAGCCAACCAGAAGACAAAAUUCAAACCAAAUUGA